AUAAAGGAGCACAGUUGUCAUCUAUUGGAAUCUGCGGAAAGCCAAUUGGCAUUCGAAUUGGGGAAGGCAACAGUUGUUAUGCCUUAAUGCCAAUUAGAAUUUUUCGAAACGCACGUUUAGCAAUGCAGUAUCGAUAACUUGCGGAUGGUUGGCAACACUACCCGCACAGCCGGCCGUCAAAUUCGUUUUUAUUUUUACGCUUGUGUUACGGCAAUAAAGUCGAGUGAUAAGCACGGAGAGAUCUGGUCUGGUGAAAUCCACAAACGGAACAAUAGUGUGCCGCCCUUUAUUGCACCAUCACUGGCCUUUUUAUAUCUCAAGUGCGGCCCGAUUAGAUUUUAAGAAACUUGGAUCGCAGAUCAUUUUGACGAAUCACAUCAGAAGAAAACAUGAACUCCAUCCUAAUUACUGGUUGCAAUCGCGGCUUGGGCCUGGGAUUGGUCAAAGCAUUAGUCAAUCUGCCAGAGCCGCCGCAGCAUCUUUUUACCACUUGCCGAAAUCGCGAACAGGCAAAGGAACUGGAAGAUCUGGCCAAGAAGCACUCAAACAUUCAUAUACUGGAGAUAGAUCUAAGAAACUUUAAUGCCUAUGAUAAGCUUGUCGCCGACAUCGAGGGCGUGACCAAGGACCAGGGACUUAAUGUUCUCUUUAACAAUGCCGGCAUAGCUCCCAAAUCGGCGAGGAUAACGGCUGUCAGGUCGCAGGAGCUGCUAGACACUAUACAAACCAACACGGUGGUACCCAUUAUGCUGGCAAAGGCGUGUUUGCCGCUUCUGAAAAAGGCGGCCAAGGCAAACGAGUCGCAACCGAUGGGUGUGGCCCGUGCAGCCAUUAUUAACAUGUCCUCGAUUCUGGGGUCCAUUCAGGGUAACACAGAUGGUGGAAUGUAUGCCUAUCGCACCUCCAAGUCAGCUCUAAAUGCGGCCACCAAGUCGCUGAGUAUCGAUCUGUAUCCGCAGCGUAUCAUGUGUGUCAGUCUGCAUCCCGGCUGGGUAAAAACCGAUAUGGGGGGCGCCAACGCCCCACUGGACGUACCCACUAGUACGGGUCAGAUUGUGGAGACCAUUAGGACGCUGGGCGAGAAGCAGAACGGUGGUUUUAUCAACUACGACGGCUCCUCGUUGGCCUGGUAAAAACAACGACAGUUAAGGACUGUCGUAGCUAAGCUUCAUUUUGUUUUCGUUUGUUAAUUGUUGUUAAAGAAAAUACGCUAAAAGGGUACUCUAUAAAUGGUUAGAAAAAUGUAUAAAGUUGCAAACUUCUAGGAAAUAAUUGUAUUUUUUAGAAAGCUUGGUAAAUUUAAAAUUUCCAAACCAAGUUGAUAAAGAAGUUUUAGAGUUUA